AUUAACUAUGACUAGACUCUAAUCUCUGCAUUAGAUAUCCAUUUGUCUUAAAUUGUUUAAACGAUGAGCAAUCAACUGAUCCUCCGUCUUGCGAAUGAAGACGACUUUGAACAAGUUCUUGACAUUUCUCGAGGUAUUUACGAAGGUGAAGACUAUCUUCAGUUAACUUUUCACGAUUGGUUAAAAGCUCCUGWAAAGCAUGUUCUUGUAGGCGAAGUGGAAGGCAAAAUGAUUGCAUUACAAGUGGUGAAUAUUAUGCCUGAUAAAACAAAGUGCUUCACACAAGCUCUUCGUGUUCACCCCAAGUAUCGUGGUAAAGGAUAUGGCUAUCAAAUGGUGUUGGCYGUAGAUGACUUUAUACGUCAUAUUCAUCCUAAACUCGUUUUGAAAUUUUACACAGCUGUAUCGCUCGCAAGAAUUGCCAUCUCCAAACGACUACGUGACAAAGUUAUUGCUGAAUGCGAUUUACACCAGGUACAAAUCACCGAGGCCUGCCAUCUUGGAGGUUCAACAGACCUUUCAUUAGUCUGUUAUUCUAAAGAACACGCUGCACAAGCAAUUCUAAACCCAAACAUAUCUCGCCUGUUUUUUGGUCGAAAUAUUCUAAUGAUUGACUGGCUUCCUUAUGAAGCAAAACAAUCGAAUAUUGAUYUGAUAUUURAAGAYGAUGAUMAAAUGUUUGCAGAUUUCAAGCUUGAUGAACUUAAUUCUAGAGAGCCGAAGUCCUUCAGCCAYGGCCGUMUUUCGCAUCGAGAGAGCUCAGUGAWAUGGUSUUGUACCAUAUACACAGACAACCAGAAGUUGUUUAAGUUGCAUUUAAAACAACAAUUAGUAAGCGCUACAGAAGCGAUUGGAAAUGAGUUCAGCUUAAGCGUGUUUCAUCCGAAAUGCGUGUCUUUAGAAGGAGAGAAAGUGCUAAAGGAACUUAUUCAAUUAGCAGAAAACGGCCUCAGCGUUAAAAGUAGCGUUGUAAAAUUGUUUGAAACAACUCUGUGAACCAUGACAAAUGCUAAUGAUGAUGUAAUCGGGCGUCAGUGUUUU